AUGGAAGGGCACAAGCGCUCCAAGUCGCAGAACGUCAAGCACAUGCUGAAGCGCGUCACCUCCAAAACGGAAGGCCCCCCGGCGCCGCCGUCUGCAGAAGGCAGCACCACCAACACGGCCGGCAACUCGCCGCCCAACUCGUCGCAAGCUUCCCUGAGCUCUCCAGUGACGAGCCACCAGCGCAGCCUCUCCAAGAAGCUGCCUGCAAAUAUGCCCGCCGCCAUGUCGACGGCCGGCGGCUCCAGUGAGGGCAACGGCAGCAGCGCCCAGCAGCACCCCGCAGCCCCAGCGUCGCCUACGAUCAAAGGUGGGUCGAUCGAGCAGUCGGUCAAGCUGUUCCGUGUCUUCGAGUCGCUGCGCAACGGCGACACGGCCGCCAUCUCAAAGGCUAUCCGCGAGCAGUCGGCGCCGGGCGACAGCGAAGGCGGCAGGCCGUCCCUGCAGCUGCCCAAUACGCGCACCGAGGGCACUUCAAUUCUGCACCUAGCCAUUCAGUGCGCCGAGCUGCCCGUCAUCGAGUUCGUCCUGUCCAACGCAACAGCCACGCCGGACUCGCCCGUCGAUGUUAAUGGCCGUGACCGCGACGGCAACACACCCCUCCACCUUGCAGCCACCCUGGGUCGCGCUCCCGUAGUGCGAAUCUUGCUCGAUCAAACGGGCAUCAACGACUCCAUCACAAACUACAGCGGCCAGACCCCUCUAGACCUCGCUCGCACCCCAGACAUCUUCCAACAGCUGCAGCUGGCCCGCUCCAUCUUCAUUGACACAAACGUAAAGAGGAUACAGCAGCUGGUGGGCGCUGGCGACCUGGACACCUUGGAGACAGUGCUGCAAGAUGCGCGCAUUCAGAGCACACUGGACGUCAACGGUGGGGAGCUCUCGACCGACCCUGUUGUCAUCGACGCUGGUGGCACGCUACUACACCAGGCAGCCAAGAACAAGGACGUGAAGCUGGCUCAAUUGUUGCUGCUGAACGGCGCAGACCCGUUCCGUCGUGACCGUAAGGGCAAGCUUCCACAAGACUACACCAAAGACGACCGCACGCGUGCCAUCUUGAAGCGCUCACCCGCCGCCGCCGCCGCUCAGCGAGGUAUCCAAGAAAAGACCAUUCUUGCUGGUCAACCGCAGCCCGGAGCUUCGUCUGAGAGUGGCAUGGGCUCCAAAGAAUCGCGCGAAAUGAAGGGCUACCUUAAGAAGUGGACCAACUACACGAGCGGCUACAAGCUACGAUGGUUUGUGCUGGAAGAUGGUGUGCUCAGCUACUACAAGCAUCAGGAUGACACUGGCUCUGCAUGCCGUGGCGCGAUCAACAUGCGCAUCGGCACGCUUUAUAUGGAUCCACAAGACAAACAGCGCUUCGAGAUCCAGGGCAAAUCUUCAGUCAAGUAUCACUUGAAGGCGAAUCAUCAAGUGGAGGCAAAGCGCUGGUACUGGGCUCUGAAUAACGCCAUUCAGUGGGCCAAGGACGAGGCUCGCGAAGAAGAGAAGCGCGCGACACAAGACCAACAGGCGUUGAAGCAAGCUAAAGUGGAGCUACUUUCCAAAGAGGGCGAUUCUUCGAGCCUUAGCAGCUCGAGAAUGGCAGGAUCCAGGAACUUGGUUCCUCCCUCCCCCAACAACCUGGGUAUACCGCUCACCAGCAUCGACACGUCGCGUACCGCUGUGUCGUACACAGAAGACCCUGGAAGCGCAUACGAGCCUAGUCUUGGUGCUCAUGAGUUGGGCAGGUACUCCAGCCAUCUCGGCGCUCCCACGGUUGAUGACGAUGAUGACGAUGACUUCAACGACGACGACAGUAGUCGUGAAGCGAAGCCGCACAACAAGGAUGCGUUCAAUAUCACAGCUCAGUCCGCGAAGCUCCAGCUCGACCUGCUGACUUCAGUCUCUUCUGCGUUACAGGCCGAGAAGGCUAAAAAUCCUACCAUGCAAAUCGCUGACCCUGCUAUGCUGCAAGCCUUAGUCUCCUAUGAGUCCGCCAUCGGCAACCUCAAAGGGCUGAUUGGGGACCUGCUACGUAUAUCGAGGGACCGCGACGCUUACUGGCAGUAUCGCCUUGACCGCGAGGCCAAUGUACGUCGCAUGUGGGAAGACAGCAUGGCGAAGGUCGCUCGGGAGCAGGAAGAGCUCGAGCAGAAGAUUGGCGAGUCUGAGGAAAAGCGACGCAAGACGAAGAAGGCGUUACGAGAAGCUCUCGAGGACUACGAAGGACCAGGACCGGCCAACAAGGACGUGGACGAGUUUGUCGAGGCGCCUGAAGAUGGCGCACAGCAGCAAGAGCUGGCCCGACCAAAGCCUAGCUUUUCUGGCCAAGUCAAAAGGAAAGCUACUCUUGCUGACCUUGCAGCGGAUAUCUCCGACUCUGAAUCGGAAGAUGACGAGGAGUUCUUCGAUGCUGUAGGCGCUGGCGAGGUCGAGGUUGUAGAGAUGCCUGGGCUGCACCAAAGCGAAGAGACAAAAACACCAGAUGCACCAUCUGUUGGCACUUCCGGAGAUGUCUUUGAACAGAAGCUUGCCGAGAUUGCCACAGGGUUCAAGGGUUACGAAGACGGGCCACGACAGAAGCUCGCCAUGGAUGCUGAUGACAGACCCAAGAUCUCCCUCUGGGGUAUCCUCAAGUCUAUGAUCGGUAAAGACAUGACGAAGAUGACACUGCCUGUGUCCUUCAACGAGCCCACGUCGCUUUUGCAACGUUGCGCUGAAGACAUGGAAUACACUGACCUCCUUGACAUUGCCGCUGAGCGCGCUGACUCUAGCGAACGGAUGCUUUACGUUGCUGCCUUCGCUGCCUCCGAGUAUGCCUCGACUAUUGGCCGCGUCGCUAAGCCCUUCAACCCUCUCCUUGGCGAAUCGUUCGAGUAUGCUAGGCCGGACAAAGGCUUCCGCUUUUUCAUCGAACAGGUCAGCCACCAUCCACCCGUCGGCGCUGCCUACGCAGAAGCGGCAAAAUGGGACUAUUACGGCGAGUCUGCUGUCAAGUCCAAAUUCUACGGCAAGUCGUUCGACAUCAACCCACUUGGCACCUGGUUCCUACGCCUCCGCCCCACCGCGAACGGUGGGAAAGAGGAACUGUAUACCUGGAAGAAAGUCACAUCCUCUGUUAUUGGUAUCAUCACGGGUAACCCUGUCGUCGACAAUUACGGUCCUAUGGAAGUCAAGAACUGGACCACGGGCGAAGUCUGCCAACUCGACUUCAAAGCCCGUGGCUGGAAAGCCUCGUCCGCAUACCAAGUCGUUGGCAAGGUACUCGGCGCCGAUGGUCGCGUUCGCUGGUCCAUUGGUGGUCGCUGGAAUGACAAGAUUUAUGCGCGCUUCACACCCGGGUUCGAGGACGCAGACAUUGACAAGGGCGGCAAAGCAAGCAAACACGACGAUAACAAAGCUUUCCUCGUCUGGCAGGCACACGAGCGUCCCACAGGUAUCCCAUUCAACCUUACACCUUUCGUUGUCACGCUUAACGACAUCAACGACAAACUGCGCCCUGUUGUUGCGCCGACUGAUACGCGACUGCGACCUGAUCAGAGAGCGAUGGAGGAUGGAGCCUACGAUUUUGCAGCGACGGAGAAGAACCGCGUUGAAGAAAAACAGAGGGCCACGAGGAGGAAGAGGGAAGAGCAGGGCGAGGAAUUCGUUCCCAAGUGGUUCACAAAGACGCGGGAUGCAACCACGGGUGAAGAGUUUUGGGAAUUCAAUCACCAGUACUGGAAGGUCAGAGACAGCGUUGCUAAGGGCGAGUCGACUUGGGAUCAGCACGGGUUAGAAGACAUUUUCUAG